GAAGAAAGGAAGAUGAGAAAACGAUGUAAAAAUAAAAAUGUUGAUUCAGCUCACAUGGAAAGGUUACGUAUUAAAUUUGUAGAGCAAGCUAAGAAAUAUUUUGGAGUUCCGUAUGCUAAAAAAUACUGGUCAGCAGACAGUAAGUAUUGCUCACCUGAGUAUAACUCUCCUAUAUUCCUGGAUUGCUGUGGUUUGGUUCGACAAGUUUUACGAGACCUGAAGAAGGAGUUCCGUUUCAAGAUUGGUCCGUGGAAUCAGGCGUAUAUGUUUGAUACUCUACCAAUUAUUAUAGACAAAGAGGAAGACAUGAGACCUGGUGAUCUAGUCUUUAUGUCUGGCUUAUACACCAAUAAGAAAAACAAGAAACAGCGUCAUAACAUGACUCAUGUAGAAAUUUGGUAUGGUGACGGCCCUAAGACGAUUGGUUCACGCUGGAAUAAUGGUAAAGUUCAGAUAUUUGAUAGUUAUAGAUUCCAGGCUAAAAGUUUCCACAGUGAAGAAUAUUAUUUUAGAUCUAUUGAUACAUGGUUAAGAGGGAUCUGUAAAAGUUUUUGUCCUCAACAUCCAUGGCGUAGAUCAAAACACAAACCUGGUAAAAAAUCCAUCUUUAAACCUGACGAUGAUGAAUUAAUAGAGGAAGAUGAAAAGGCA